AUGCGGAAGAAAGGCGGUUCAAUUUCGAUGUUUUCUGAGGCAGACAAUAACCAAAAUGGUCAAAAUUCAAAAGAAAACAUCGAAGAACUUGCUCGCAAUGUAUUUUCACUUCAAGAUGAAAACCAGAAGAUUGGAUUACAAAAUGAUAAGCUGGCAGCACGAGUAAAAGAUGUUGUAGAAUACAACCAACUUCUAGGUCAUGACUUAUAUAAACUCGAUUUACAAAUUACUGAGCUACAAGAGAAAUUAAAGAAAUCAAAAAAGAAAAUUCAUGAUGUCGAUGCUCAAACUAAAGAAUAUACUCAAAAAGCAAAUGAAUACAAACAACAGUUACUAAAAGACGAGAAAUUUGCCCAAUUGGCGAAAAAAUUACGAUCGUUACAAAAAUCUAAAGAGCAAGCAACUACAGAUCUCACUAAAAUGAAAGACUUAGUAAAUGAUCCUCGAUUUAACCAAUUAGAUGGAGCUAUGCAAGUCAUGGAAGAUAGAAUUCACUUCUUAUAUUUUUCGAAUACUGAAUUACAGCAACAAAUCGAACUGCUACAAAAAUUAAUGGAUAAAUCAGGCGAUCCAGAAGAAAUUAAAGCAGAAAUAGAAAACAUGAAUAAUAUCUCUGAUUUGAAACUUGAAUGGAUAGAAAUGAGAUUAGCACAAGGCAAAGCAAUCAAUUCAUCAAACCUCGCAGGAAUUCAAGGCCAACAAUCGUUUAGUAUUUCAGAUUUUGAAAAAUUACUCGAAGAACCUCCAACUGAUGGAACAAAUUCCAAAAAAUCACCAGAAGAUGAAAACAAACCUACAGAUCGAAGCAAAAAAGAAAGUCGUAAAAAUAAAAGUCUGGAAAAUGCAUCGAAACAACAAGAUAAGGACAAAGCACAAUCAAAUGCAAAAAGUCCAGGCAAGAGCAAGCAUAGAAGCAAAAGUCCAGAAAAAAAUUCGAAAUCUAAUAAUGAAAAUCCAGAAAAAGAAAACGAAAAUGGACAUGAUCCAGAGAAUUAUGCAGUUAUAGCUACAAACUUACCACCUGGAUCCAACAAAAAGCGUGGUAAACGAGAUAAUUUACGUAAUUCAAGUCAAAAAAGUCCAAAGGAGCAAAACUUGUCACCAACAAAACACACAGAGCAUUCUGAUAAUGGAAAACAAGAAGAUUUGUCAGAAAAUAUUUCUCAAAAUAAUUCAAAAAUAAAUUCACAGAACAGCAAGGAGAAUGAGUCCAAAUACGAAGAAGAUUACAAUUUGGAUUAUUCUGACGAAAAUCCAGGAGAUGAAAAAUUAAAUUCUGAAUCGAAGAAGAAAACACCAAAAGGAAAGGAACACAGCACAGAAAAAGGACAAGAAAGAGAUCAGAAUAAGCAAAACAAAGGAAAAAGUCCAGAACAAGAUACAAGACUUAAUCUCAAAGAAAUUGCAGUCAAAUCGGCUGAAAUCCUCGCAAAUAAAAUUGAACCAAACGUUGAUGAUCACGAUGACGAUAGCGGAAGACCACAAAGAAGAAAAUCUGCCAAAUCUUCAAAUUCUAAGAGAGAAGGACCAAGUGCAAAAUCUAGUGAUGCAACUGGUCCAAGUCCUAAUAACAAAGAACAAAACCAGCCAAAGGGUUCAAAACAAGAAAAAGAUUUAAAUUAUCCUGAUCAAGAGCAGACAGAUAAGGAUAAAAACACAGAAGGUAGUGAGAAAGCUGCUAAUAAAGAUGGAAAACCAGAAGUUUCUCCAAAAGGAUCCAAAUCUGAUUCUCAAAAACCAGAAAACAAACCACAAGAAGGAGAAAAGCACGAACAAAAGGAUAAAGAAGCUAAAUCAACAGAUAAUCCUAAAAAAGAAGGCGAAAAGUCCGAAAAUGAAUCUGAUCCUAAGCAAUCUCCAGAAAAAUCCAAAUCUGACGCGGAUAAGGAUGUGAAAUUAGACGAAAAUAGUCCAAAACCACAAGUUAUUGCAGAAACGGAGCUCAAAAAAUCGGAUGAUAAAAAUAAUUCACAAAAAUUAAAGGAAAAUGAAAAUUCAUCUGAUUACGAAGAAGAUGAAGAAAAGAGAAACAAUCAAAAUUCGUAUGAUUACGAAGAAGAAGAGUAUAAUGAUGAAAAUCUUGCAAGCGAAGAUGCAACAAACGAAAAAGGUCUUCCUCAACUAAGUCUUUCUAAAGCAUUUAACAAGGCUUUAGCAUCAGAUCAAUUAGAAAAUGAAGAAGGAAAACAAUCAAAUUCAAAGAAGGACAAAAACAUCAAUAACGAUGAAAAAGAAGCAGAAAAAGAACCAAAGAAAUCAAAGUCAUCUAAGAAUGCAGAUGAAAAUGAUUCUGAAAAAGAAAAUUCUGAAUCAAAAUCCAAAGAUCUUAAAGAAAAAGAUCCAAAAACAUCCAGAAAAGAAGAAGGUGAAUAUUCUGAUAACAAAUCUUCCAAACCAUCAAGAAAACAAAGCAAUGCCGAAGAAAAUCCAGAAUCAAAUACUAAAAAGAGUUCAAAAUCAUCAAGAAGAUCAAGUAAAGCAACAAAUAAUGAUGAUGAAGACACAGAAAGAUCAAACAAAUCAAAAGAAAACAAUAGUGAAAAUGAUGAAGAAUCAAAGCCACAAAAUUCUUCAAAGAAAUCAAGAAGAUCAAGUAAAGUAACAAAUAAUGACAAUGAAGAUGAAUCAAAUCCACAAAAAUCUUCAAAUAAAAGUGAAAAUGGAAAACCAAAUUCAAGAAGAUCAAGUAAAGCAAGAGAAAAGAAUGAUGAUUCAAAGAGGAGUAAGUCUGAUAAUGAAAUUCCUCAAACAUCAAGAAGAAAACCCCAAAAAGAUGAUGAAAUUUCCGAAGAUGAUGAAAAAAUCAAAGAAAAAUCUCCGAAAACAUCGAGAAGAAACAAUGAAAGUGAAAGUGAUGAUUACAAUAACUACUCCGAAAACGAAGAAGAUACAAAAGGAAGAAGAAAAUCAACUAAAAAUGAUUCAGAAGAUACAAAAAGAAAGAAACCAAGAAGUAAAUCCCAAAACAAUGAUUCAGAAGAAGAUUAUGAUGAAGAAAACGAAAUCAAGCCAAAGAGAAGUAGAUCAGAAAAUCAAAGAAAAUCAUCAAAAGAAAACGAAGAAAAAACAAAUCCAAAGAGAAAGAAAUCAUCACAAAACAACAUAGAUUCAGAAGAUUAUGAUGAAAAAGAUAAACCAAAGAGAAGUAAAUCAUCAAAACAAAGAAAACAUUCACAAAAUAAUAAUAAUUAUGAUUCAGAAACUGAUUCUAAAAGAAGAAGUAAAUCUCAAAACAACGAAGAUUCAGAAGAAGAAGAUUAUGAAUAUGAAAACGAAGAAACAAAACCAAGAAAAAGUAAAUCAUCACAAAACAACAAAGAUUCUAAUUAUGAUUCAGAACCAAAUGAAGAGACAAAAAGAAAGAAACCAAGAAAAAGUAAAUCACAAAUAAAUGAAGAUUCUGAUGAAGAAAAUCAAAAAAGAAGAAAACAAAGGAAAUCAUCACAAAAUAACAAAGAUUCUAAUUAUGAUUCUGAAGAUUAUGAUGAAGAAAAACCAAAAAGAAAGAAACCAAGAAAAUCUUCAACAAUAAAUGAAGAUUCUGAAGAAAAAGAUAAACCAAAGAGUAGAAAACAAAGGAAAUCAUCACAAAAUAACAAUGAUUCAGAAGAUUAUGAUGAUGAAAAACCAAAAAGAAAGAAACCAAGAAAAAGUAAAUCACAAAUAAAUGAAGAUUCUGAUGAAGAAAAUCAAAAAAGAAGAAAACAAAGGAAAUCAUCACAAAAUAACAAUGAUUCAGAAGAUUAUGAUGAUGAAAAACCAAAAAGAAAGAAAUCAUCAAAAGGAAGCAAGCAAACAAAAGAUUCAAGAAGAAACAAAGAACCAAGAAGAAGUAGUGUAAAAGAUAAUGAUUACAAUGAAUAUUCAGAGAAAGAAGAUGAAGAAGAAAUAACAGGAACAAUUAGUAAAGCUAUUGGAAUCCUAUUAAAUAAAGACAAAGAAAAUGACAGACAAAGGAGAUCAAGUACUGCAACAAUGAAUGAUUCCGAAGAUGAAAAACAAAAGAGAAGAAAAUCAGAUGCAGAAGAAAAACCAAAGAAAAAGAAGAAAGUAAGAAAAAGUGAAGUCCAAAACAAAGAAAAACAAAAUCAAGAGGAAGAAGAAAAAGGAAAACAAAAACAAAAAAGAAGACAUCAUAGAACAGCUUGGAAAGUUAAGAAUGGUUUGAUGCCAAAACCAGUGGAAACAUUAACAAUUGAUAUCAACGAAGGAAAAGAUAAAACUCCUGAACCUUUCACAGAAAAAUCUCGUAUUUCUGAUAAAAUUUCUUUGAUUUCUGAUAAAUUGUUACAAAAACAAGAAGACAAAGCAAAUCCAAAUGACGAAAAACAUGAUUCUACACCAGAAAAGCCAAGUUCUUCUCAAGAAAAAUUAGAAUCAAAUGCAGAAAAACAAAACGAAGAAAAUCAAAAUUCUGACAAAGAAAAACAAAUUUCUUCUAAAGAUAAACAAGAUUCCAAUGAAGAAAAACCAAGUUCCAAAGAAGAAAACAAGAAUUCUAAUGAAGAAAAACCAAGUUCUAAAGAAGAAAAUCAAAAUUCAAAUCCAGAAAAACAAAAUUCUUCAAAUGAAAAAUUAAAUUCUAAUGGAGAAAAAUUGAAUGAAACUGAUGAAAAACAAGAAGAGAAAGUUGUCAAAAGAGAUCCUUUGGAUGAAAACGGAAUCCACGUGAAUCAAGAUGGACAUCAUUUGCUUCGAGUAAAAAAGCCAAUGGAAGGAGAUGGAGGAUUCCAAUACGACUACGAAUAUUCUGAUGGACAAGAGCAUGAAUACGAGAAUUUAUCAGAUGACAACGAUGAUGAAGUGAAGAAGAGAACAAGAGUUAUUUAUAUAGUCGAACAAGAAAAAGAAGAAAGUGAAGAUGAAGUUUCUUAUUAUUCAGAAAAAAGUGACGAAUAUUCAGAACCAGAAGAAAACAACGACAAAACGGAAGUCAACGCUGAAACAACAGAAGACAUCAAGAUUGGAGAAGAGAAGAAAUCAGUCAUCGAUCCACUUGAAGAUGACGACUUGGAACUUGGAGAUUUACCGAAUUCUCCAGUCCAGAAAAAGAAAGGAGAAAACUCAGAAGAAAACGAAGAUAGACCUUUGUCUAAAGAACGAAAAGAUUCAUUGUCACAACUCAUUCCUCAGCUCCGUAACACGAAUGAAAAUGAUACAGAUGAACAGCUGAAGAACAGAUUGGAAGAGAAGAACAAACAAAUUGAUCAAUGCCAGAAAGAACUCGACAACUUAAACAACCAAAUCGCAAGAGCAAAAGGUUUAACAAAAGAUAAAAAGAGAAGAUUCCAACAUUUCAAGUCAAAACCAGUCCAAAUUAUUGGUAAAAGUAAAGAAGUUGCACAGUUCAGAUCCCAACAAUUCAACUCGGUUCACGUUGGCGUUUUAACAUUGACAACAAAUGAAGAUAUUGUUGAAAACGAGAAAAUGAUUGAAAGACAAAAAGAUGACAUCAAAGAAGCCCUUAAACUUGGUAAAGAAGUCACUGAAUUACAUGGACAAAUCAAAGGUUUAGAAGCACAAAUAAACGAAGUUAACCAAGAGAGUAAUGAAAGACAAACAAAGAUUAUUAAUUUGAGGAAUGACAUGGCAUUACUUCAAUCCGAAAUCGAACAGAAAGAAAGAAGUAACAAACAAGAAGAAGAAAUAACAAGAGAAAGACAGAAAGAAUUGGAAGAAUUGACUUCUUUGAUACAAAUGAAACAACAGAAACUUGACAAAGCGUUGAAUGAAGUACAAUUGUAUGAAUUAUAUAUCAGAGAUAUGGUUGCUUACAGGAAACGACUCGAGAAACAAUUAGAAGACAUUUCAAAUAGAGUUAAACCUGAAGUUAAGAAUUUGAUGAAUGAUGUUAAAAACUCUAAAGUUACAGUUCAAAAUUAUAUGUCACAGUUGACAGAAAAACAAAACAUGAUUGAAAUGAAGAGAAAGGACUUGGAUAAACUUAUAAAUUCACCAGAAAUGGAAAGAUACAGGAAACUAAAAAUCAGAAGAAUGUUCUUAGAAAGGAGAAUAAAGAAAUGGAAUUAUCUUCUCAACGAUUGCAAGGAAACACUCCAAGCUUUGGAAUCAUUCUCAGGAAGGAAUGUUGAUAAAAGAAAGCAACUCUUGCAAAUGUUGGAAGGAGCAGAAGAUAAGUUGAUAGUGAAACAAAUGGAAUUUGAAGACAUGGAGAGAUACUCUCAAAUGUUAGACCAGAUGAUUGAAAGUGCCGCAAGAGGGCACAAACUCGAUGAGUAA